AUGGUGUGUUCUCUGACCAGCGGCAAGGCCUGCGCCGACAGCGGAGACCCGUGCCCGGACCCGCCAUCGCGCUCCACGCCGGAGACUGGACUCGAGAUCGCCGAGAACAUGUCGUCGUCGCUCAGCGACGCGCACCGACGCAACAACAACCACCUGGAGGGCGACCGCAGCUCGUCCGCGGGCUCCUCCCUGGGCUCGUGCUCGCCGCCGCCCGCCACGAGCCACUCGCCGCCACCGCCGCGGCCGCCCUGGCUGCACGACUUCCACGCGGCGGCCGCGCCCCAUGUCCUGCAGUUCCUCAAUCUGAGUGCCGCCGGCGGGGGCAUGCUCGGCAGCCAGCCGUUGGCAGCGCUGCACUCCAUGGCAGAGCGGAGUCAUCAGCAGCAACAGCAGCAGCAGCACCAACACCAGCAGCAGCAACCGCCGCCGCAUCAGCAGCAUCAUCCGUCGCACCAGCAGCAACAGGGCAUCCAGCUGCCGCGCAUCACCGUGCCGCUCUCGACCAUCACGCAGGGCCAAUCGUCGCCCACCGGCAGCGGCAAACACAGCCCGGCCACCUCCAUCACCUCCGUCGGCAGCAACCCCCACGGAAUCGACACGAUACUCUCGAGACCGGCGGCCGCCCACCCCCAGGCACCGGUACCGCCGUCGCACGCGGCCCUACCGCCGACCCCGCAUCCCCAGCACAUGGCGGCGCCGCGAUACGCCAUGCACGCCGGUUUCACCGCGUCCUCGGGUAUCGGACAAUUUCAACAAAGAACGGAACCACGACACCCAGCUGUCUAUUGGCCGGGUCUUCAGGGACUAGUCAGCGACCCUCUUGCAUGGCGGGCGAGAUUACACACGUUGUCGCAACAGCUGGGCUGUCAGCAAGCGAUGACGGGCACGGGCGGCGGCGCCGGGGAACACGAGGGCGGCAAGAAGAAACACACGAGGCCCACGUUCAGCGGACAGCAGAUCUUCGCCCUGGAGAAGACCUUCGAGCAAACCAAGUACCUAGCCGGCCCGGAGCGCGCUAAAUUAGCGUACGCCCUUGGGAUGUCGGAAUCGCAAGUUAAGGUGUGGUUCCAGAAUCGGCGGACCAAGUGGCGGAAGAAGCACGCGGCGGAGAUGGCGACGGCGAAACGGCGGCAAGAGGAAGUCGAGGGCGUCGUCGCCGAGGGUGAGGACGGGUGCAGCGACGCGGAGGCCGACGGCGGCAGCGGCGGCGGCGGUGGCGGCGGCGGUGGCGGCGGCGAGACCGCCGCGAAGAGGCUGCGAAGGGAGCUCGAGCAGCAGUACAGGCACUGA